AACCGCCGCUCCAAGGCAGCGGCAAAACCGCCUCGCCGGCCUCAAGAGUCGUGCUGGCGACACGUGGGGCUCCUCCGCUGGGAAUCUCCUGUAUGUGUGUGUGUGUGUGUUUGGGGGAGGUGGUGUCAUGGUGGCUCGGCCUCUAAUUAUAUCUCCAUUGUCCCCAGGGACGAUCUGACUCAGCUGCCCUUCACAACUAUGUGCAUUAAGGAGAGCCUGCGCCAGUACCCACCUGUCACUCUUGUCUCUCGCCGCUGCACAGAGGACAUCAAGCUCCCAGAUGGGCGCAUCAUACCCAAAGGAAUCAUCUGCGUGGUCAGCAUCUAUGGGACCCACCACAACCCCACAGUGUGGCCUGACUCCAAGGUGUACAACCCUUACCGCUUUGACCCGGACAACCCACAGCAGCGCUCUCCACUGGCCUAUGUGCCCUUCUCUGCGGGACCCAGGAACUGCAUUGGACAGAGCUUCGCCAUGGCGGAGAUGCGCGUGGUCGUGGCACUAACGCUGCUACGUUUCCGCUUGAGCGUGGACCGAACGCGCAAGGUGCGGCGGAAGCCGGAGCUCAUCCUGCGUACGGAGAACGGCAUCUGGCUCAAGGUGGAGCCGCUGCCUCCGCGGGCCUGAGCGGAUCCCCGCGGUCCAGGCCCCGCCCAGACAGGCCAAGGCCCCGCCCCAGAAGGACCAGGCCACGUCCCAAAGAUCUCGAGCGCAUAGGCCACUCCCCUUGAAGUCCAGGUCCAACUCCUGGAUGACCAGGCACAGCUGUUGAGCAGCCGGGUGGUGCUGAUCAUGCCCCUCUAGGCAAGACUCCGCCCCUUAGGGGGUCUAAUCCCGCCCCUUGAGGCUUAGGUCCCGCCCCCUGACUGCUCUCACCUGUCCUGUUUGAGGGACCAGGCUCGGCCCUGCCUCCUCGGGCUCAGGCCCCGCCCUUCAGGAUCAGGCCCCGCCCUUCAGGAUCCGCCCCCAGGAUCCUGGGCUUGUAGUCCACAGGCCACGUCCCUGCAGAUCCAGGCCUCCAGGCCUUGCCCACUGAGCCUUCGAAGGACCUAAGACCCAACUCUGACUCAGGGUCCACACUCUACUGGCUGAACCCCUGGCUGUUUUCUAAAUUGAGGACUUGAAAGCUGGAACCUGAGGUCAGAGCUUUGAACCCGGACAUCACUUACCUGAGACUCUCAGCUCAUAUGGGCAAACGGCUCAAGCAUGAGGCUGCCUCUUGGGCUCAGGGCUGCUUGCUUUUGUUGUUUUGUAAACUCAGACACUUGCAAGCCCCUUCCUUCCUCCCUUGCUCAGAGACUCUUUGCUGAGUGUUCUGUUUUUGUCGAACAAAAGCAAAGGAUGCAGACUUCCCCCACCCUCCACCCUCAGGCUCAGACAGACCCUUACCUGUGGAGCCCCUAGCAUGGGAAUGAGGAACUCUGCAACUGAGCAAAGCUGCGGGAUAGGAGGCUGAAAAGCCAUUUGUCCUAGGACAUAAACUCAGAUUUUUUGGGA